AAUUAUUUAAAAAACUAGAUUAAGAAAAUUACAGGCGCUUGCAUUUUCUUCGUUUUCUGUUACACACCUAAGGCUCGUCUUAUCCCGAACCUAAGCUUCGGAUUCCCACUUUCCACCUCCAAACUUACAAAUUUAAACGCCUCGAUUUGCGUUACCCUCGUUUCGUUUCUGCAAAUCCCGCUACGCCCUGUUUCGUUCGAUCAGACUCAUAAGAGAUUUUCAAUGACGGGGCACGAAUAUACGUCGAUGGAUAAGGUCGCCGGUAAGAUCUCCGGCGGUUUCUCUUCAUCAUCAUCAUCAUCUUCUUCAUCUUCCGGUUCCGACGACGACACGCCCUCUCACUCUAAAUCUCUCAAGCCCAAUGUUUAUCGCCUGUUUGGCAGAGAGAAGCCUCUUCACCAAGUCUUAGGAGCCGGAAAACCUGCUGAUGUUCUUCUAUGGAGGAACAAGGGAAUUUCUGGAAGCGUGUUUGGUUGUGCAACAGCAUUAUGGGUUCUAUUUGAAUUGCUUGAUUACCAUUUAAUCACCUUGAUUUGCCAUAUAUUGAUACUCACUCUAAUUACCCUUUUCCUAUGGUCCCAUGUCUCAAACUUCAUCGACAAGCCUCCACCAAACAUUCCAGAUGCUGUAUUUCCUGACAAGUGUGUCCUUGAAGUUGCAUCUAUAGUGAGAUAUAAGAUGAACCAAGCUCUGGGUCAUCUUCGGCACAUUGCAUUUGGAAGUGAUGUGAAGUCGUUUCUUGCUGUUGUUUGUGGAUUAUGGAUGGUAUCAGUGAUUGGCAGUUGUUUUAAAUUCUUGACAUUGGUCUACAUUGCAUUUGUUCUACUGCACACUGUACUGGUGAUGUAUGAGAAAUAUGAAGACAAGGUGGAUUCAUUUUCUGAGAAGGCAAUAAUUGAGUUGAAGAAACAGUAUGUGGAGUUUGAUAAGAAGGUUCUGUCUAAGAUUCAUAAAGGGAAAUUGAAAGAGAAGAAGAAAGAUUAAACGAUACGAAGCCAUUUGGUAAAAUAUUUUUGGAUGAUUAUAUUGAGUUCAAGUUUUUACUUUUAUAUUUUAGUCACAUAUGCUGAUGUGGUACUAUUCAAUGAUGUUUAGUUUUCUAGAUCAUAAGCUAUUGCUUCUUUUAUUUUUAGGGUUCAUUUUUGAGGCAAAUAUUGUAUUUAUGAUGGUUAGAAAUGGGUUGAAAUCCAUUUGAUUA